AUGUUAGCAUCAGCAAAAGUUGAGAAGCGUAACCGAGUGCCCAAGUCGUGUGAGCCUUGUCGAACCCGGAAACUCAAAUGCAAUAGAGCUUUGCCUUGCGACUCAUGUGUUAGGAGAAACAAACAGGCGGUCUGCCAUUAUGCUUCCAACGCUGACAGGAGCGAGAAGCGCGCAGAUAACGGUGAAUCUGUUGCGGAUCGUCUCAAGAAAUUGGAGGGGUUGAUAGCGACCGUUGCGCAAGGGACUUCUCCAAAAGAACCCAUUUCUUUGCUGUCUAUCAGUGAUAAUGCUGGUCCAACAAAGUAUAAUACUGGACAAAGCAGCGCCAGUGUUGAUGCCUCUGCACCUGCAGCGUCCGAGGUCUCCAAGGCACAGCAGGAAGAUGACGGAGCACGCUUUGCGAGUCACAUUGACUCGAAUCACUGGUAUUCCAUACUGGAGAACAUAAAGGCUAUACGCGACGAGUUACACGUGGCGAGUCCAUCUUCAUAUACCACCGCACCCAGCUCAAUCCCGCCGAAUGCCGAUUUGCAAGCCAAUGAAAAUCUGGACUUUGAUCUAGAGUCUGCUGCGGGGUUGAGUUUGGACUAUAUCAUAUCGGCCCUGCCUUCGAGGCAAGUAUGCGAUAAUCUAGUAUCGUUAUUCUUCCGCUCACACUACACCAUGAUGCCUAUCAUACACCCUGCUUUGUUCCAGCAAGAGUACGAGUCCUUCUGGGAGUCUCCCUUAGAAACGCCCGUUAUAUGGAUUGCAUUACUAUUUUCUAUCCUCAGUCUAUCAGCAAGUGUGUACGAGGCUUCCGGCCGGGUACCCAACUCCCAAGAGACUAUGCCAUCAGGCACAGAUCUUUCGAAAAGAACACAGGAAUGUCUACUACUUGGUAACUACACUACAUCUAAGGAGCACGGCGUCGAAGCUCUACUCCUACACCUCGUUGCCUCUUGGCUACGCGCUAAAGCCUCAGAUACAAACCUCUGGUUCCUCAUGGGUAAAGUAGUACAGCUCGCGAUCUGCAAGGGAUAUCACAGAGAUUCGACCAAGGUUCCAGGGUUGGGCAUCCCGCCAUUCGAAGGCGAGAUGAGACGCAGGGUUUGGCUGAGUUUGUAUCAGUUUGAAGCGCUCAUGUCGUUCCAGCUUGGGCUGCCCAGCAUGGUACCUGCAGACUGCUGUGACACAGCGUUGCCUAGUAACCUCAACCAAACAGACUUCUACCCGGGAAUUCCAGAGCUCCCGCCUUCACGUCCGCUUUCCGAGGGUACUCCUGUUCUCUACGCUAUUGUCAAAUCUUCCAUCAUGGAGAGGUUUAAAAAAGUGGUCAAGCACACGCGAUCUAUUGUACCGGCUCCAUACGAAGAGACAGUUUCAUUAGACACCGAGGUGCGAUCUACAUGUGAAAACAUGCCGGAUAUCUUCAAGUACAAAGCCCUCACUAGCUUCAUCAUCGAAGACCCGAGUAUAAUCAUGGGCAGGACUACGCUAGAGCUUCUUCACUUGAAGAGUAUCAUUGUGCUCCACCGGCAGUACCUGACUCAUAGGCACGACCUUCGCUUCCAGUUUUCAAGAGAUUCUUGUCUUGCGGCAGCUGAGAUGUUGCUGGAGAGACAGAAAGAGAUGCACCAAGUAACUCAGCCUGGUGGCCAGUUCCACGAUAUGAAAUGGAUGAUCACAAGCUUGACGAUGAGUGACUUCACUUUGGCAGCAAUGAUCAUUUGCUUAGACCUUACUGUCACAAUGAGACAGGGCACAGCCGCUUUCCAAGAUGCGAAAGAGGAAAAGGAGCUUGAAAGGCAUCUGUCAAUUAUCAAGUCGGCCCACAAAAUAUGGCGCAGUUUGUUAGAAAGCUCUGAGGCACGCAUAGUAUCUCACGCGUUAGACUCGACGAUUCAACGCGUGGGAGAGUAUUUGAGCUCAAGGUCGAUAUCGGCAAGCUCAGAAACAUGGCAGUCGUCUAGCAAAGACGCAGACACGCCGAGCUAUGUGACGAUUGAAUCGGCUGAUUUUACGAGUGACGUCGACUUUAUGGAUUACGUUGACUGGACUCUUAUCGAUAAUCAAUUCCAGGAUCCGAGUACUCAGGAGUUCGAUCUGGACUAUUGGCUCAUGGAUACGGCUGGGCCUUUGGAGUUUAUGGAUGGACCAUGA